AUGGGAAAUACCCAAACGCCACGCGUUUAUAACGAGUAUCAGUCCCCGUCAUACAAAGACGUUCUUAAGACGUGUCUAGCGACAUUUCCGAUGACGACUAUAAACAACUUGUACCUUUCAAAUGUCCUCUUUGGACAGAUUCCAAAGCCUUUCACGCAACGGAUCUUCUCUUUGUUUCCUACGAACAUUCCAUUUCAGAUGGUAGUUGCGUUAGUAUAUAUCUUCAUGGUCUCCCCAAGACACACGCGAGCGGUAUUUAUCACGGACUUGUACUUAGGAAGUACUCGGAAACUGUCCCAAGACCAAAUCAAUCGGUUCUUCUACGACUUGACUGUCGAGACCAACUCGAACGUCGACCUCAUCAAAAUUUUACAUGACUUUCGAAUCACAAUAUCCCCUUUGGGAUGUACAGACACCGAUAUCAUUAACUAUUUGACUACUCAACUCACAGUCACACACUACACGAACUGCCAAAUCUUCACGUGGAUCUGCGAAGGUGGGAAAAUGCCAAGAGCGGGACAUCCUUUAAUCGACCCCGAGAGAACUAUCAACGACUUGUUACUCAUCUGGAACGUCAGAAAACCAGCAGAUAAGAAUGAGACAAAGAUCUCAAAGAUCUCAACGACAAUCGUCUCGAGCUAUUCGACAGAGGAGAGUGUGUGUCAAUUCAAUGAGAGGAGUAUAAAACAGUUGACGCAAAUAUACUAUGCAUUACGUCCUUUGAAGUUCUCUGAGAAAGGGGUAUCCGUCGAUUUAAUUAUGAUGUUACUCUCGCCGACUAUUAAAAAGGCUAUUUUGGUUCCUUUAACUCAAUUGAUCACUACAAAAGGGUUACACGACAACUACAAGACUUUUUUCAUAGCACUGGCGUUCACGUGCAAAGAUACGACCGACGAGAAAUUCAAAUUUAUUCGAGAAGUCCUCAACCCCCCGGUCAUAGGCACUUCAGUUGAGUUAAAAAGUGACUUAAAGAGUGAAUUACAGGUAACUCAAACACUUCAAAAGAAGACAGUCGACUUGAACUUUGUGAUGCCAUUCAUCGACGCGUUUUGUACGUUCUCGUCGACUAUUAAAGAGUCGAUUGGAGACGAUAGAGAGCCCACCGAUGCGAAAGAAUCUGUCAAGGACUUCAUUCUGCGACUUGUUUCGAAGUUGGGCGAGUACUUUGCAUACACCGACUUUGAGAACUCGAUGAAAGGAGAUGCUGGGAUUAACAUGGAGAUCGAGCAGAUGAGUCAGGCGAUGUCUGUUCUUCACGGCGGGUUACCUAAAAAGAUUGAGACGGAGGCGCAGGUGUUUAAGAUAUAUAUCAACAUGUAUGAUGUAGCGAAGAUGCGAGCGGGGGAGAGAGUAGUGGUGAUACCUGCGAAUUGGUUUUCGAAGUGGAUGAUCAUGUUAAACUCGAAGACGCGGGAGCCUUUAGGGCGGAUUGACUUCACCUCGAUAGUCGACGAGAAGAUUCCGAUGGCUUUAAAAGAGUCAGUGAAGGAGAGUGAUGUUGUUGCGUUACACCCUGAAGUGUUUUCAGCGAUUGACACGUGGUACAAACAUGAAGGGGCGUUCAUAGAGAGACGACUGUAUUUAGACGAAGAGAACAAAGUCAAAGUCGAGUUGUUUCCUUUGAGACUUCAAGCGUUUUCGCACUUGAAAGGGGCGCUGACAAUUCCAGUAAGGAAUUUAAAUGCGUAUGCGGCGUAUAACGAUUUUAUCGUCAUCUCGAAGUACGCAAGUCUCGUUGAAUUACACAAAGCGCUGUGCAUUCGAUUUAAAGUGCCAUUUAAUAAGGCAAGAAUACUCAUGUUUGACGCGAAUAAGACGCCUCUUAUAGUCCAAUUAGGCGAAGGAAUGCUAGUAAAGGAGUACUUCAAAGACCUCGACUUUGUCUGUUUACAGUCGGUCAGUGUGAAAUUGGAAGCGCAAAAUGUGGAUACAGAAACGCCGAUUGGAGUCUCUGGAGGAGAGGUGGGCUUUUAUAACGAAGGCAACACGUGUUAUAUCAAUUCAGUGAUACAAGUCUUGGCACACACCCCACUCUUUGCACUCUAUUUCUUGUCGAAUGAGGUAAAGAAGGACUUAAUCAAUGGUCCUCUGUAUUCAGUAGGUCUUGGAUUCUCUAAUUUGCUGUAUAAAAUGUGGAAACCGACACGAGAACCGACCGUCAUUUCGAUGAGUCAAUAUAGAGAAACGAUGAUCAACGCGACUUCGAAAUUCAAUGACAAAGAACAGCACGACGCGAUGGAGUAUUUGUGUUAUAUGUUACUCUAUCUGCACGACUCGGUGAAUAGACGGAGGAACCCAAAUUAUAUUGAAAUGCACUCACAACAACUGCAACGAGAGAAACAACAGAAUCAGCGAGUUGCAGACAGCGCAGAACAUCAGAAGAUGUUGAAUGAGAAUCACUCACAAGUCUCAGAGAAUACGACGACAAAAACGAACGAAGAACUUAAAGACAAAUCAUCGAAGGAUUCAACAGGUGCUAAAGAGGCGGAGGACAUCAUUGCGAAAGACUUAGUAGCAGGCGUGUUAAAGGAACAACCCAAUGACGAUCAACGUCCUCUCCAAAGUCCUUUAGAAAGUCCUCCAAAUAAAGAAGAAGUCAUUAAAGAACGUCUGAAAGAGCGAAUGGAUGAAGAGAAGAGCUGGAAUGACUUUACUGAAGUGAAUGAGUCUAUAAUUAGUGAGACGACGACAGUAAUGCUUAAGAACGAAAUCUGCUGUAGUGUCUGCCAAACAAAGAAAGUCAACUUUGAACCGACGAACGCACUGAGCAUCCCAUUGACAAGCGAAAUGUAUCGAACCGUCGAGUUUAUAGUAGUUGGCAUGGAUGGGCAGUUACCGAUCAAAUACUCCUUACGACUUCCCCCAGAGACGUUACUGAAAGAAGUCAAAGCACAGAUAGCGACACUCAGCGGAGUGCAGACGACACAUUUGGUCUUCACGGAUGCGCCGGGGGGAGUUGUGAAAGACAUCUUGAAAGAUUCGAUGUCGAUGCGGGAGUUACCGAAGACAGUCAAAGUGUUUGAAGUUGAACGGGUCAAUACAGUUAAUCCACAAGAGAAGUGCAUCAACUCUGUAGUGACGAAAAGAGUCAAGAAGAACGCAGGGAACUUGUUUGGGACGGAGAUGGAGGAAGUCACGAUACCGUCGAGCUCGCUCACUCCGUUGAUCGAUGCUGACAAUGAAAGAGAUCCGGACGGUGUUGUUAUAGUCAACUGCAUCAACAGAAUCUCUUCGGAGAACGCCGUUUACUUUGUACACAAAUUUACUGGACGAGUCGUCUCCGUCCCGUUCCUCUUGACGUUGUCGUAUAAAGAUUUGACAGUGAAGAAUAUCGAAAAGGUCAUCUUAAGGCACUUGAGACUGGCUAUGAGAAAAGUGAAUGAGAAGACAGAGACACAGAAAGGGGACGAGACUACCUCUCAAGUACCACAAAGAGGAAAUGAAGACACUUCACAGAUUACACAACUGGACUCGUUCUGUGUCGAAGACAUGAAAGAGGAGGAAUUGCCGUUCGACUUACACGUCACCUCUUAUGAUGGGAAGAACUGUUACUUGUGUUCGUGGGAGAAGGGGUGUAUCGGGUGUAAGUUAACACAAGACAUAUUAGACAAGUACGACUUCAGUAAAUUCACUUUCACCGUCUGCAUCGAUUGGAAGAAGGACAACACUAUAAGAUAUGACCAAUCAAUUGCAGAUGUCAUGUUACGAGACCCAUCUGUUGAAAGGAAUCGCCAAAUCGAACGACUUCCGAUAGACAUCAAAGACUGUUUUGCACUGUUCACAUCGCCGGAAGAGUUGGGGAUAGAGAACGGAUGGUUCUGUCCACAUUGCAAAGCAAUGCAAGUGGCGAAGAAACGGAUAGUCAUUGAUUCGUUGCCGAUUUAUCUCAUCGUCCAUCUGAACAGAUUCACCGAAGUUGCAGGGAGCUGGUCGAAGAGAAUGACCGAUGUCAAAUACCCAUUAAAAGGAUUUUCCAUUCAGAAGUAUUUGGAUUCCUCAGUCAAAUGUGACGAAAAUGACGUCUACGAUUUGUUUGGCGUCAUCAAUCACAAUGGGACACUUGUGGCGGGACAUUAUACUGCAAUGUGUACUUCACAAGAUGGAAGAUGGCUCAAAUUCGAUGACAAAACCGUCUCCCAAAUACAUGAAAACGCCGUUGUCAAUGAGAACGCUUAUAUACUCUUUUACAUGAGACGAAAUGCAGACGUCGGUGAGGUCAUGCGAAAGUUUAAUUUUAACGCAAACAUGGACUUACUUAACCAGAGCUGUGUCAUCGUCUAA